GUAAAACUCGCUUUCUCUUCUAGAUAGAUGGACUUCCUCAAUUCCAAUUCUGCAAUACAACUGACGCAGAAUUUGCCGAAUAGCGAAGAAUUGGUGCUGUCGACUGCAGAGGCCCCAAGAUUGGAAAACAUUGAGCGGCCGUCGUUAUCGUACAAGGACCUGAUCAUCGAGGCUAUUGAAAGUAGUCCAGAGAAGCGACUUAAACUAAACGAAAUAUAUCAGGUUAUACGACUACUUCAUCCGUACUACCGUCACCGUCCCGAUCAGUGGGGUUGGCAAAAUUCAAUACGCCACAAUCUUUCUCUCCAUGAUUGUUUUGUCAAGUUGCCUCUCAAGCAAACGUCUGCUAGCGGUGUUGUAGGACAUUUCUGGACGGUAGUGCCGGAACUUAGCGAUAAACAAACACUACGCAGACGCAACCGAGCUCCGAAUCGUGGCGGAAAUCGACAAAAAACAAGCGAAGCUGCUGCUCGAGAAACUCCGGCAACGCGAGAAGAUACCGCGUGUUCGGGAAGUGGCGAAACAUCUCCGAGCCCAUCUCAAUCAUCCAUCAGUCCGCCGUCUGAUCUACCGAAGCCAACGGCUAGUUACGGUGGAAUGGAGAACAUUCUAGGCGACGGUUAUAAAGCCUACGGUCAAUCCCUCCUAAGCGCGUAUCUCUAUCAACACGGUCUACUAAAUUCACUCCAACAGCAGCUGGCAGAGUUAGCACAAGGGAAUUUUCCGUCCCAGUUACUAGGCCUGAAUCCUCUGCUGUUGCUCAGCCAGAUGAAGAGCCAGGUAGCGGCCACGUCCGACAGCAGUUCACCUCCGAUGUCAACAUCAGCGCCCACGCCAGCGAUCAAGCAGGAGUCCUCUUUUCUCUUGUGAUUUCCCACUAAUCUCAUGUCUUGCAGCCCUUACUUUCUACUCUCCUCUCUCUCCCUUUCAGGAUCAUGUGUUUAUGAGCUAGUACAUUUGAUGACGUCUCAGUCCCAUCUCUCAGCAUUCACAGCUAGGGGUCAUCAUAGGUAUUGGUUAGGUGACGAUUGGAAAUAGACGCUGAUGCUGUUGUUACGAUGUUGUACGUUGUUACUGAAGUUUUUUUUCCUUUUUGUAGCCCUGUGUUAAUUAUUAUGUUGUUGAUCUCUUCUGCUUACCAUUGAUUCGCGCUCCUUUUCGGUGGCACUCACUUCCGAAAGAUGUAUUUACGGAAACUCGGUUCUUUUUCUUACCUAGUAAAAGUAACGUAAGGCGCUCAUGUGUUACCUUUUUUAAAGCUGUUUCCCUCUUUCCCGGUUUUUCCGUGUGUUGUUUAACUCAUCCAUUUUUAUGCAAUGAUUUGAAGCUCGUUAUAUGAGACAUUUCCGGUAGUUUUGAUGUGAGAUUGCUCUUGUAGUCUUUGUACUUGUACCAGAUUGUCCUUACUCUCGUUACACGUGAUUAUGAGUAGUGAUAGUACGUAGACUCUAGCCUUGAUAGGAAAUGACUGAUCUAUAUAUGACAUGUUAUAUGAACCAAUUAACCAGUGAAUCACGCUGUGGUCAAAUCGAAAUUCCUCUUGUUUGUACUCAGUAACUCAAAUAAAUUUGUCAUAAU